AUGCGAAGAUAUACGAAGCAGGCAUUCUAUCUGGAUAUAGCCAGUCGUGAUAUAUUCAAUCCGGAGGCAGGAGUUACGGGACCAGUACGCACCACACAGGUAAUACAACGAGCGGUCUUUAGAAAACGUGACAACCAUAGAACCCGCGAUCCUACGUACCCAGACAAGAUGAGCAAGGUAAAUUCAGAAACUUCAAUUCGGGGAACGUCAAACGAAGAAUGUGAUUUGUUCCUUUCCAAUUAUUACGAGCCCACUACAUCGGCCCUGGAAAUCCCCUACGCCGAGGAUCUUCCCUUCGGCUUCAACCUGGAGGUCGAUCCCGCUUCAAUAUCCUUGAAGUCUCGCUCGUGUGGUUCCGGCAAGCCACAACUCCUUUAUGUCGGCAGUGGCCCGAAGUCGAAAUAA